UUUUUAUCUUCAGGCCGUUAUAUUUGUUGAAUUUUUAAAAAUAAAUCAAACUUUCCUUUCCAAGUCUGAGUCGUGAGGCAAACAAUGGAUGUCGUGCAACAGGUUGCUCAUCUACCGCAACCGUCCAUCGACGAUGAUUUGAAGUUGGAAACAGCAAACGAUAGAAAGACAACUUGGAAUGAUAUUCAAGUCAUCAACGUCCAGAAGUGGUUGAAUGUCAACAGAGACAAGUUCCUGCCUCCUGUCGCCAACCAUUUCAUGCACGAUGAUGGACAGCUGACGGUGAUGUUCGUUGGAGGUCCCAAUGACAGAACUGACUACCACAUCCAGUGUGGCGAGGAGUUUUUCUACCAGCUUCGAGGUCAGGCGUUAUUGAAGUUGAUGGUGAGAGGUCAACCUCGAGAUAUCUUCUUGAGGGAAGGAGAUAUUUUCCUGCUACCCAAAAGAAUACCACACUCACCUCAGCGAUUUGUAGACACGAUGGGACUUGUACUCGAGAGGAAGCGAGCCGCACGUGAAAUCGAUGUUUUGAGGUUUUACACGAUGAAAAGCGGUCGACCUGAAAUUUUGUACCAGGACUCAUUCCACUGGGACAACGCAAAAACAGACAUGGCUGCGUGCCUGGAAAGGUACAGCAAAUCUGAACAGUGUAAGACAGGAAAUAUUGUACCAGGUUUGAUCUUUGACACCCCACUGACCGUGAACGUGGUGUCGGAUGUCACCGAACCAUUCAGCCUCUUCCAGUGGAUAUAUUCACGUGAAGACGAGAUCAACGCCAAUGGAAAAUUAGAAAUCUUUGAUACCAAUCUUUAUAAAUAUGAGAUUCUUGUUUUCGGGCAAGGAAAACAGGAGCAUGGCAGCGAGGAGGCGCAAAUCUGGUUGUAUCAAUUAGUUGGAAGUAGCAAAAUAAUAACAGAUGAACAAAUGUUUAAACUCAGCAAGCAGGAUAGUUUGUUGCUGCCUAUCGAUAGAAAGUUUCAAGUGGUUCAACCUCAAGGAAGUUACUUGCUAUCUUGUUCCCAACGACCUUGACAAAGCGGGAAUCAAUUUAAAUCCUAAUCAAACUUUUUUCAUUUCUCUAAUUUUUAGUCUAAAUUGUGUUUAUAGAUUUUUCUCUUAAAUUAAUAAAAUUUUUAAACAUUUUAAA